GCGGUGUUUAUAAUAAUUCUCAGAGUUUUACUGAAGAAACAAGUAACAGAAAAAAAAGCACUAGAUUAAUAGACUGCCCUUUUGAAUUGUAUGCUUCUCGGCGUCGUGACAAUUUGAAUCGUUAUCAGUGGUAUUUUGAAGUUCGUAAUGCAGAACACAAUCAUGAUCCCUCAGAAGAUAUGUCAGGACAUCCUAUUGUCCGUCGACUAACAGAGGAACAGAUAGAAAGUGUAGCAAUGAUGUCUACUUCUGGUUCACGUCCCCGUGAAAUUAUAUCAACACUUCGACAAAAUGCAUAUGACAAGCCAAAAAAGCAAGAUCUUAUCCGUAAAGAAAUUAGUACAAGUGCAAUUCUUAAUCCUGAUGACUUUAUUAUUGAUGAAGAAACACAAGCUCGUGGCAGGGUUCGAAAAUGGCAUUACAAGCCUUUUGGUGA